AUGACAGCAUCACGAUCACCCCUCAUGGAGUCAAACAUGACACUGUCGCCGUUACCGCCCCCUGCCUCGAUUUCCGCGUCGCCUUCAAGCCCUCGAAAAAGGUCCAUCAACGAAGUGGACGAUGCAGUAAUCUCAUCUGUUGGUCACAAACGUCCAAAUACGUCUUGCACUGGCGAGAAUCAGGAAAAUCAAGAUCCAUCAACAGCAUCAGCCAUUGAAGAUCAAUCAACAACCCCCAACAAAGAAACAGCCACCCACCAGACUCAAUUUGCUGUUGUAUUACCUGCUUCAGCGAGUGCCCUGUUUGAUCUUUCCCCACCUGUCACAGAUACUGUCACUAUGACGCCGGCGAAUGCCGAAGAGACUGGCGGCCCUGCCAGCAAAAGGCAAAAGGUGUCUCCUGCUAGUAAAGAUGUCAAACAACAAGAAAAGGAGGCCAAGGAACGUCAACGCUUAGAGGAGAAGGCCAAAAAAGACGAGGAGAAGAGACUAAGGGCGGAUGAAAAGAAGAAGCGCGACGCCGAGCGGGAAGAAGAGAAACGCGUGAAGGAGGAAGAAAAGAAGAAACGCGACGCCGAGCGCGAGGAAGAGAAGCGCUUGAAAGAAGAAGAAAAAAAGCGACGGGAAGCAGAACGAGAAGAGAGACGCAGGGCUAAAGAAGAAGAAAAGGCAGCAAAAGAAGCCGCCAAGGAGGACGAGAAGCGUCGUAAGGAGGAGGAGAAGCAGAAGAAAGAGCGGGCGCAACCAAAGCUCAACUCAUUCUUCGCAAAACCUCCGCCCCCUACAUCUCCUGCUAAAAGCGCCAACUCGCCUUCAAAGCCUCAACCGAACGUUGAUCCCGUUCCCACUCCCGUCAAGUCUUCCGAAUCCGACUAUUCUAAAGAAUUUCCCGAGUUUUUCGUUCAAUCACAUACUACUGUUGCUCCUCCCCACCGGUUCCAGCGCGACGAAUUGGCUCUCAAGCACGUCCGCCAAACACUGGACGCCAGCCUCGACCCAAGCGCGAAACCCUUUAAGCAUACACCUUUUCGUCCCUCUGAGGUGUUUAACCUUAUCCCAUAUCGCCGUCGACAGGGCCGGCAAGGUUACUCCGCCCGAGAAAUUAUGCGAACCAUGCAGGAACAGAAUGAGCAGGAGCACACGGGUGCUCAGGCAGACCGCCAGACCAAGAAAUCCCCGCAAAAGAUGCUGCUCGAGGUACAAAUGAAGUCACUUAAAUUUUGCGAAGAUGUCAGACCACCAUAUCAAGGGACCUAUACUCGUGCAGUCCCACCAGCCGAGGCCAAGAAGAUGUCUCGUAACCCUUAUCACAAGGGCCUACCUGAGACAAACUACGAAUACGACUCCGAAGCUGAAUGGGAGGAGCCCGAAGAAGGUGAGGACCUGGACUCAGAGGAAGAAGAGGAAGGCAGUGAGGAUGGAGACGAAGAGAUGGAUGAUUUCCUGGACGACGAAGACGAUGCACUGGCAGGCGGCAAGCGGCGUCAAAUCGUGGGCGAUCUCGAACCCGUCUGUAGUGGAAUCCGCUGGGCCGCAGAUGGCGUGGACGAGGACAUGAAGGUCUACCAGAUCGAAACAAUCUCCGAGACCGUUCGAUUCCCUAUCGACCCGUGGUCUACAUCAUAUUGGGAAACCCCCAAGCCAAGUGCAGACCCAGCCCAGGCCAAAGCGGCAGUAUUUCAGAAGCCGGCGGCUGGCCCGUUGGAUAAGUUCCGGUCUACAAGCGGUGAUGCGCCCCCGCUGGGGCUGGCAGAGUUCAAGCAGGCUGUCGAGGGCAGCGAUUUGACUAAGAUCGGGUUGAUGGAACAUCUGAAGAAACGCUUCCCAAAAAUACCGAAGGACACGUUGAAGGUCACCCUCGAACAGGUUGCAAAACGUGUGGGUGAGAAGCAGACGGAGAAGAGAUGGGUCUGUAACCCGUAA